AUCCAAACAAGGUUGAAGACGACCUCUUCCACCACCACCACCCGCCACCGCCACCACCACCACGAGCUGUGCCCACCUCCUCUCUUGCCCGAAUCUCAGCCGUCCGUCCCCCACCCGGAUCCCCCCGACGAACCCACCUUCUCCCUCCCCGAGAUCGUCCUCUUCCGCACCUCCGACUCCGACUCCCACUCCCCGUCCUCCGACAACGAGGACUCCGUCUCCCAGCCCUCCUCCUCCGCCGCCGGCGCCGGCGCCGGCGCCCUCCCCGCCCAAGGCGGCGGCGGCGUCGGAGGCGACAAGAAUUCCUCCCACCACCACGCCCACGCCCUCGCGUACAUUAGCCCCGAGCCCCACAUCUCCUCCCAAUUCUACACCUUCAACGCCGAGUCCCACUCCCUCAUGAUCCAGUGCAUCCUCGAGCAGCGCCUGGCGACCCCCGCCGAGAUUCGCGCCGCCACGCCCUGCCCCGUCCUCAAGUCCUGGCGCGCCGUGUGGAAGGACCGCAACGAGGACACCGCCUACCUCACCGCGUGGAAGCGCAUCCAGGAGAAGCUCGCCGCCCAUGUUGACCCCGGCACCGGUAAUAAGUUCCUGUACUUCAAGAAUAAUUCCCAGCAAUUUGUGUCCCAUAUCAAUCAGUGGCAGGAUAUUGUUAUGAGUUUCCAUGGGGAUGCUGAUUUGAAACAUCUGGGGCUGAAGGAGACCAUAGAGCGGAUUAAGCAGGUGUGGACCGUAGGUGCCAAGUUUUAUGGGAUCCCCGAGAGUUUCAUUAGGGUUUGUGUUGCGGCCUGCCUGGUGUGUAAUAGUUCGUCGCCUGGGUCCGCGAUUAGGAGCAAGCGUCGUAGGUUUGAGUAUACAGAGUCGUUUGAUGUGCCUGCGAAGGAAGUGCCCAGUAGGUUGCAGCAGCUGGCAAAGAAGCAUAAAGUUGUGCUUUGCAUUAGGCAGAAGUAUAUUAGGUAUAAGCCAUUCAUGGCUGAAGUAAAGGAUUAUGCUUGUCACAGGGCAGGGGAGCCCGCGACGAAGAGGUCGAGGAUGUUGAAGAGGGAGCCUUAUGUGUCAAAAAGAUGUGGGUGUGGUUUUCGUAUUAGGGCAAUCGUUCCCAUUACGAAUUACAAUGAGAAGGAUAAGACUUUUGUGUAUCAGGAGGAGGGUAUGGCGGUGUUUAAGUUGUAUGCUGUGCAUUCGGGCCAUGAACCGGGACCAUUGGAUGGAAACGCAAGGAUCAUGCACCGUGUUGUUGGGCACAAGAAUGGGCUUUUGAUGGAUCAGGACACUGUUUAUGGGGUGAGUGAGGAGAUGGAGAAUGAUGGGUACGGGUUGACUGGGAAGGAUGAUGGAGAUUUGCAGCUUUCAGUUUUGCAGCAGUUACAGGAACUCAAAAACGAGCUUGGUUUGUUGGAAGGAAGAAUUUAUAAAAUGCCUCAAGAGCUAUUGGGUUCGGUGUCUCACGAACUGUUUGAUAUUGCCAAUAGAGUUAGAAGAAUAGGCGAAGAAGGACCAAAGUCUGUUGGGUUAAUUUCAGACAAGCCACAUUCAGAUGAUGUGCUGGUGUGUGACAAUGACAUGGCUCAUUGGGGUGAUCCUCACUCUGAACAAUUAUAUGGGGGUGGAAAGGACACAGAAUUGAUAGAUGAUGAUGAAGACAGUUUUGGGACUCUUGGGGAUGUUGUCUCUUGGGAGCAGAUAAGGACUGACUGUACUAGUCAAAAGGAUCUGAUGGCUGAGCCUUGUAAGCCUGAGAAGUGGUUGAAGUGCAGUGACUUCGAUGAUAAGAGCAUACUUGAUUGCGAAGAUACCAAACUAGGUAAGCCCAUAAGACAUGAUGAAAGUAUUGUUGGAGAUGAAAGCCUUGUUGGUAUUCAGGUCGAUAGCUUUUACCAAGAAAAUGCUAAAUGGUAUGAUUCUCCUCGUGGGUUGGACACUGGUGCAGAUUGUGGGGAUAGUGGAUUUAGGCAUGAAGAGAUCGUGUAGCAUCCUCGAGUGCUGCAUAAAUCCUGUCUAACUUAGUUUUGGGACAAUUGUUUGCCUAUUCAUCCCUUCUCAAAGUUGGAAGUGGGUUGUAAAUUUCUGUAUACACAAUAUUGGGGCUUCUCACAUGCUUUUAGGUGACUUUGCUGCUUGUGUCUCUAAUUAGUCCUGUAAAGUAGAGCCAAAUUGGGUUCCUAUGCACAUACCCUUUGUAACUACUUAUUAACUCUGUUGCUUUCUCUCUUCUAGUCAGUUUCUUCCAAUACUA